AAGAAUGAAAGCAUAUGUUACUCUUUUACCAUCCAAUUUUUGGGUUGAAGAGGGAGGAUGGUUGGGUUCCACAAGACUAGCAGCAGUAGUGGUUAUUAUCCAAAGUAUCCUGUUUAUUCAUUCGUAUCAGCUCAAUUUGAUAAUAAACCAUGGGUAAAGCGCUCGCUGUUGAGCAAGUUUUCUCGCCAUGGGUUGAUUUCCAUCGGAACGAGUCCUCAUAACACUCGUCGAUUGACAAAGGCUUGUCUAAAAGCUACUGCAGUGUCUAGUCAAAUAACUAUUGCACAACAAGACUUACUGGACUAUGUCCUCCCUCUGGACUUGGGAAGAAAAGCACUGAACAAUAGUGCCAUGAAAGCAGUAGUCAACGAAAAAUUGGCACUCUUAGAACUGAUGAAUCCUAUUCCUGUACCUGUGGAUUCACCGGAAUUGGAUGGCAGGUGGCGUUUGCUGUAUACCGAUUCCGAACUUGUUUUGGGUGUGUCAAGGCCACGCUGGUUUCAACCUGUUGGUGCGCUAUAUCAGACUAUAUUCUUGGACACUUUGGAAGCGGAGAACGCUGAAACCAUCAAGCCUUUUGGUAUAUCUUUAGAGAACAAAGUGUGGGCAACUUUGACUAAAUCACCACCUAAAAAAGUAUUUUUACAAUUUCGACGGUUUCAGUUUGGACCGAUUAGGUUUUCUGCACCUACAAACGCACGAGGCUUUUUAGAAACCACAUUUUUGGAUCACCGAAUGCGCAUUUCUCGUGAUCAUAGAAAACAUGUGUUUGUAUUGGUGAAGGAAUAAUGAAUAUCAAAAAUAGGGAUAAUUGUAUUUUUGAGUAUAUAGUCAGGAGGAUAAUGAUCGGCGGGUGUAUGUUUUUGUAUAAAAUUGCAUAAACAAAA